AUGAUCAAAAUCACCGAAGUACCUGUCGAACUGAUUCUAGAUUACAUUCCGCGACUUUUACCUUUACCAGACUUUGUGCACCUCGCACUCACCAGUAAAUUCUUCGCGUCGUUGUUGGACGACGAAUUGCUGUGGAAACAGUUCCUGGAGUGGGACUAUAACUUCUCCGAUGAACGCACAGCGCGUGUGCGGGGAUGGAAGUUCCUGUAUAAGGGCAUGCAUCGUCCCAAGAUUUUUCUCUGGGGGGAGUCGGCGAAUUGCAGGCUUGGAAACAUCAAGCCAGAUACUCGUAUCAACGGUGUCUCGGCUCCUCGCCCAUUGAAGAUGCCUGCAGGAGUGACUAUAGUCAGCCUUGCGGCAGCGGGAUGGUCGUUCUUCGCGUUAGAUUCGAAAGGAUCCAUACAUGUGUGGGGUACACUUAAUGAUGGACAUUGGUCAAGCGCCUCUUCGACUCCGCUGAGGCUGGUUCUUCCUGCGCCUAUUCGGUCGAUCAGUACUGGAAGGCACCAUGCUACCACUCUAGACAGCAAUGGCGACGUGUGGACGUUCACCUCUUGGGUUCGACCCUUCAGGCUUGUUUCUCCGCUUCUGGAUCGUUCCUCGGACGAGUCGACACCAGUACUCGUCGAGUCUGGAUGGAGAUUCUCUUCAGUGCUUACGGCGUCUGGCGAUGUGCUCGUCUGGUGGCCACCGGCUGCGACGAGAGAACCUAGCGCUCCGGGGAUUUACAACGUCGCCGAUGGCAUAAUCCCAUGCAAACCUUGGGACCUCCGCUUGGAUCCUUUCCAGCUCCCCCCGAUUCCUGACGAUCUUCCGCGGCGCGAGGACUCCCACAUUGAGCUGGUCAAGAUUGCUGCUAUGGAGAGUUCGCUGAUCGGAUUGACGAAUCACGGCCACGUUCUCAAGUUUGAUGACCUCUGGACCCGGAAAACGGCUGAAUCUAAGCGGUGGCAAUAUCUACCUUUAUUCUGUGAGACAAGCGAGAUCCAGGAACAGCUCAUCCAGCAAAAGAUAGAAGUCCCACAAGACGUCAAGAUAACGCAUAUAACUGCCCAGUAUCAGACUUUCGUCGCGUACUCUACGGGCUCUAGCUCGGUCGUUCUCAUGGGCCGUGACUACACCACGCCCACAAGUGCGCCGAAGGUGCAUUCCUCACUCCAGAACAACGAUGUCAUAUCCGUUGUCAUCGGGGAUUACCACUUCGGAGCGUUGACAUCCACAGGCAAGCUCUUUACCUGGGGAAGUUUCUCCAAAGGCGCCCUGGGCCUUGGCGACCCAACGAAGCUUCCAGUUGGGCAGCCAGGUGGGUACAGGAACGACGCGCAGAAACGGCGGUCCGCCAACGCGCACUUCAUGCGGGACCCUCCCGCCGUGAGCAAUCCGUCCGAGGUUAGGUUCGAUCAUGGGUUCGCGGAGAAAAGGGAUACGUUUUGCUUCGCAAUUGCUGCUGCUGGAUGGCACACUGGUGCACUUGUCAUUGAUAUGGAUGUAAGUCAUAUCGCUGUAUAAAGAGAUACUGAUUGGUCUCACCUCUGAGUCUUCGAUGUUGGGUUCUUAGGAAGGUCCAGACGACGAGUAGCGGCGGCAGUCGAAGAGUCUGAAGUGGAAUUUAUCGAGAGUGAAAAGAAGACUUCUGGGGCGGUAAGAAAUUGGGCUCGAGAAUUCGGCACGAGCUGGAGGGAUAAACUUCGUCGAAAGUCAAUGAUAUAAUUAUGAUGCCCUCAAUAUACCCUCGAUACCCUCGAUUUCUGUAACUGUUCCAGGGCUGUACACUAUUUUAUCGCAAUAAU